AUGAGAUCUCCGAGGAGCAAGAAUGUUGUUUACGAGAAAACUUAUUAUGAAAAGAAAAAGUUAAAACGGACACAGUCGAAGGUCUUUAACAAAAAAUGUAAAGAACAGCAUGCGACAGCGAAGGCCAAAUGGCGUUUGAAGAAGAAACAGCAACAGCCAACCGCACAAACUCCUGUUUCACAAACGCCAACCACUCCGAUAACUUCUAUGUGUAAGCAAGAAGGUCUGAAACGACGUCGUGCAAACACGUUGAAAUUGAAAACAGAAAUCGAAAAACUCCGUGCAACAGUGCAACUUUUAACAAAUAAAAACAAAAAGCUGAAAGUACCUCUCACUGUGCUCCAUCAACAGUUCGAACUUGAAACUAAUAUCGACAUUGAUUAUGACACAUUUUGUCGGCACGUACCAGAGCAUAUUGUAAAGCCGUCACAUGAUGGUUGGGGUACCUGUCUCUGCAUCAGCUGCCUCAAUCCUCAAAUGAAAUAUGAAAAAUUAUAUCAUUUAAAACAGAAAAAUCAAGUAGUCCGUACCCAUCUCGACGGUUAUCCGUGUGAUUUGUCUGAGAUAGUGAAAGAUGAACAAAAGACCAAUGAGUUUAAAGAAAAUUUGAUGAAACUGGACAAAGAGAAUUUCAAUGUCAUAUACUGUGAAUGGCAAAAAAAGAAAUUACCAAAUUGUGUUGCUCUAGUUUCGACAAAAGUGACGGAAACACAGACAAUUCAUAAUUUCUUGAAAAAGUUCAUUGCGGAAAUCGGCAUUUUAGCGAAUCAUGUGCACAAAAUACGUGAACAGUAUCGAGCUGCAAAGCAAGCUAAGGAAGAGGCCAAAGGUAACGACUCUGUUGCUACGAUUCAACUCGACUGGUCUGAAAACUACCAUCUUCAGCAGACCAGAGAAGAAAAAGGUGCUUUCUACUACGAACAACACAUCGCUUUACAGACUGGACACGUAUGGCUAAAAGAUGGUACUUUCAGUUUCGGCAGUAUUAGUGAUGAUAUUAACCAUAUGGCCGAAGCCGCUUGGGCAGGAAUACAAUCACUUUUGAAACAUUUAGUCGAAGAUCUGGAAAUAACUAGCAUAAAUAUUAUCUCAGACUCACCGAUCUCUCAGUAUCGCAAUAAGACUAUGUUUUAUCUUAUGAAAACUUUCGCAAUUUCAAGAAAAAUUAAAAUGAAGUGGAUAUUUCUAGAGUCCGGCCAUGGUAAAGGCGUUGCUGACGCAUUUGGCGCUAGUUUAAAGAGAAUGUUUGACGAAACAGUAAAUUUUAAACCAGACGAAUCGUUUUCGAAUGCCUCUGAUCUAGUCAAUGCAAUUAAAGAUCAAACUGCCAUUAAACUUUAUUUGUACGACAAGUCUGAUAUUGAAAACGUAAAAAAGUCAUUACCAAAAUUAGAAACAGUAAAAGGUACUGCUAGUUUACAUGAAAUUACGGUUUCAAGCGAUCACGGAACAAUGUAUGGGAAAGAUGUGUCUAGUGAUAAAGAUAAACUCCUGAAAGUCAAGUUUUGA